CGUGUCCCCAUGGAACGGGGAUGGGGUGUUAAAGAUACGUUGUUGUGUUCUUUAGGUCUCUUGUUGCACAUAUUCUAUAUUACAGUGUCUUUAUACCGUAUCAGCUUCUUUCAAAUAAACAUGUCGUCCCUCAAAGCAGCACAGGCGGUACAAAGUAUCGCUCCGUUCCAUCACGCGUUCCCCGUACACUCAGUAGCGGCCACCAGAGAGUUCUAUGGCAAUGUUCUGGGUUGCAUAGAGGGCCGGUCACACGGGGAAAAAUGGGUGGACUUCAGCCUCUUUGGCCACCAGAUUGUGUGUCAUCACGUUGGCGAUAACCACAGAAGCGCUGAAUACUUCUCAGAUGUAGAUGUUGACGAAGUACCAGUUCCUCACUUUGGGGUAGUGCUUGACGAGCCAGAUUUCCACGCUUUCGCAGAUCGGUGUAAGAGUAAAGGUGUUAAGUUUGUUAUCGAGCCGCACAGAAGAUUCCAAGGACAACCCGGCGAGCAGUGGACAAUGUUUUUCAAAGAUCCAUCCAACAACAGUUUAGAGUUCAAAGCUAUGAUUAACAAGGAAAACUUGUUCGCAAAGUACGAUCAGGAUGGUUAUUCCACCCACAUAUCACAAUGAGGCAAUAGAAUGGACUGGUGAUAAGUGUGGACACCCUCCCUGAACGAACUCAAAAAAAAAUUUAUCACAAGAGAGCCGAGGACUUGAAAUAUAGAAACAGUACAGUAAAAGUAUUGUUGGCCCUUGUAUAUGCCGAAACUAAUAGAUCUCUAUUUCCAUUGCUAUCUGUUGCCCGGGUUUCAUCAAUUAGUUUCGCUUCUGUCAAGCUGGUGUCCACGAUAUAGCAGGAUUCCGUACAGACCUAUUGGCUUAGUGAAUAAAGCUGGGUCCAUACACAUGCAAAAAAACGGUCUGGGAUUCUCUCCUUUACGUGUGCUUUGAUUGCAUGUGCGACCGGAGAUCAAAACACAUAUAGCUCAAACUCGCAUCGAUUGCUUUAGAUUCAAAUUUUCUUGUCUCCACGUG